AUGGUCAGCUACGUCGUACCCAAGCUAGUCAUGGAGGUCUCCAGGCUUCACGUUGCGCAGAAUGUGGAAGACGACGCCGCGACGGCUACCAUGCGGCAUUCAGUGGAUCACUUCGAACACAUGUUUUCAGAUGCGUUCGACAACAUCAGUCUUUGGCGAGAUAAGUUGGUUGCGAGCUCAGAGGGGAAGCUCACCCUUGUAACUGCUUCGAUUGAGCAGCUGGGAUUGCUUUUCACGGGGUUGACUGGCCCAUUCCAGCGAUGGUCUACUGCAGCAGUGCACCAGAACGUUUCCAUGGUCAUCGAGUCUUUGCAGAACUCCGAGGAGAUCUUGAAGAUUGGGAAAUACUUCAUGGUCCAUGUAUUCUUCCAUGUUUGCGGCAAGGACAUCAUCGACAUGGGCGUGCAUUUAUCGGACAUGCUUCAGAAUGCCGAGCAGAUCAGGCAGGGCGAGGGGGACGAUGAUUUGCCAGAGAAGCUCAAUGAGCAGAACGUCCGCUUGAGCACGUUGAUCCUAGAGAUGACGACCAAGAUCCAUGACUACCAGAAGGGUUUGAGUGCUUGCGCAGGGCUUAUCAAGGAUAUGCACAAUCGCUGGUUCACCAUCGCGAUGGAUGUAUUGCGAAGGGCUGGCAGCCUCGCGAAAGAUGCGCUCGGUGAGGUCAACAGGGUGCCCUUUGAGUCCGACCUAGAUCAUUCAUUGGAUCAGUUGGAGAACUGCGCUGAGUACAUCACGAAGGUCGCGGAGGUUGCGAUGGCUAUUGCAUCCAAGGAGACACCCGCCAAUUUCGAGAGCAACGUCAUCGACCUCGCCAAGCUAACCUCUAGAUGGCCCACGGAGCCCAUCAAGUGGUUUGCCGAGAGCUCCGCAACCGACCCCGUGGUGCUCAGCCAGCUGUCGGAGAAGAUGCAGAUCUUCACGGAUACCAUCGGUGACGCGGGGUGUCAGAGCAGCGCAUGUAACGCAGAUGGCAGUGACAUCUACAAUCGUGCCACGUGCGACCUCGUCGGGCAGUCCAUUGAAAAUAUCAAGGCGGUUCUCGAUUUCGGGGUUGGGGACGUCCACAAGGAGGUGGUCGAGAACGCGAGGCGUUCAGCUGUAUUCCAGAUGCUCAUUCGCGAAGUGAAGGACACCGCUGACCUCGAGCUCGGCAUCAACUUCGAAGAUGGCGACGCGAAGGACUUGCAGAAGAUUGCAUGCUGUCCCCACCACAAUGCAAUGCGAAACUUGAGGCAGUUCGUGGUUGCAAGCUCGUUGGCGCACAUCAAGACUGAUUGGUGCGUCAACCUCAACUGCGAGUCUGACAAGCAGAUGCCUGUUGACGACGCCGUGGUCUACUUCGACAUCGCGAACAAGACGAACGACAUUGCCAGCGUCAUGGCAUCACUGCAGCGCUCGCUUUACAGUAACGUUGGCGGUUCCGACGCGGUGAGCCUCGACACUGAGGGGUGCAACAAGGCCGUCUACAUGCAGGCAAUUCUCAGCAACAUGAUUGUGCAGCUCGACGGCGUGAUCAACUCGCAUGGCGCGUUGAAGCUGGAGGCGAACGGGUGGCAGCUCCCUUUCGGUGUCCAGACGUUGCGGUCUUGGCUCGUUCUCGUGGGGAUCUUCGCAAGGAAGUGCCGCAACUACAUCAUCCAGAUGAUGUGCGAGCAUGUGAACACCUUGGCGGAUGUGGUGAAGACUACGAUUCCAUCGUAUGGAGCAGCGUUCAAGAACGCGGUCAUGGAUGUCAAGAUGGCGUGCAGUUUCUUCGAUAACAAGCUGGGUCCCGUGAUCAAGGCUUACAAUGACUUGCACGGCGGGCUCGCACGCUUGAGCGUAUCGGCCGAGCUCAUGCUGCUGACGCCCGCCGUGAGCGAGAACGAGCUGACCAGCCAGACGGUGGCCGUCGGCGUGGAGAUGCUGGGCAAGGCUACCCAGGCUUCGGUGCUGAUCAGGGGCUCGUUCUUGAUCGCAGAGAACUCGAAUAAGCCUCAGGGGAGCGCCCUUGCCCGCGAGUUCUUGGAGAAGAACCGCAACCAGAGGACGAGCGGCAUUCCAGAAUGCUUCUGGCGCGAGCUCGAGGCCAUGAAGGACGCCAGCACGGAGGAGGUUGGUCGCGCCAUGAACCAGGACGACUCGAAGACAGGCUCUGCUUCGGGCGGCGGCACCCCGAAGCCCAAGCAGAAGGACACCUUGAGCCAGGUUGGGUCUUGCUCGAAGCUCCCAGCCAUGAAGGCCGAGGGUGCUGAGACGUCGGCCGCAGCGCCGAGUGAGCCCGCGCCGCCGCCGACGGGGACGGCGCGCGCCAAGAGCGCAGGCGGUGGCGGCUUGCGCCGCACCAAGCGCAAGGACUAG